AGUUUACGGGCAGCUGAAGUGUAAUACGGACCAGUAAACAAUAUGGCUGGUGUAUUUUUGUGCGUGGGUUAUGUUGUCAGUGAUGUACUUUCAAAGUGCCUAGCAUGUGGCAAAUAGAAACAGCUGCAGCUGAAGCCGAACGACGUUUGAUCAUCUCCAGUCCGAGUGACGUGAUUGGUCUUUGGUGAUGACGUAUAAACCACAAUUCCGCUAUCGUUCCAUAAUUUGAUUAAAUACCGUGUUACGUGAGACUUGUGAUCGGCGACAACGAAAGAAACAAACAGAUGAACCUGCAGUUUGCGCAAAUCAAAUUCUGCAGUGCUACGGCUUCACGACCACGAAACUCGGCAAGAAAACGAUCCAGAGGCAGAACCGUUCGCUGGUUUUGCACAAGUCGAUGAGUUCUACAACCGCGGAGGCCACGGUUGUUACGACCGACGACGUGGACCUGCAACUCCGGAAGUCCGCAAACAGGAGCUGGGGCGGCGAAAUAAAGAGGGUCAGGGUAGGAGGGAUACUUGGGAGGUGACCAGCUACCCCACCACAUGGACACCUCCAAAACACCCCCCAAACCCCCCUCGUCGUGUACCCGUGUAUCAUCUCGCCGCCGAAUAUCCAACCUAAUCGUUGGAGUCCCUGCAGUCCGUGAAUCGUCCCAAAUAACGCUAAUUAAUUGUAGCGAAUCACCCUCGCGUAAACGGAACUGCCGCGAAUCACUGUCACCUGGCAUUUACCCGGGAGCAACCAAUUUGUGCCUAAACCCUGAUCGUCCCGGCGACGGUCAGCUUUUUUACAAGCAGAAAAAUAAUAUCCCUUCCCGCCUAGUAAUCUGCACUGCGGGCAGUGCUGGUAACGACUUCAAUUAUUGUCAUUGUUAUUACUAUCAUUAUCGUUGUUAUAGCUGUUUUCAUAACCGAGACUGCACGAGCCGUUUCGAACAUAAUAAUUUUUAUACACCAUUUUUUCCGCGGAAAGCGACCAGGAAACUUGAUGAAGCAUUUUUUACGACACUCUCUUAUCGCCCUAGACUGUUAAGAGGGUUCAUUUUCAACUCUGAACAUAUCAUCGAUCCGUCCAUUAACUGCAACACCUUACCAUCGACUGAAACUUAUAUCAACGCUUCGAAGGGGCCAAUACAAUGUCACGCAGCGCAGCAACGCGUCCAAUGGCAGGUGAGGGAUGUCAGUGUCGGUGACUGCGGUGACGCGAAAACGGGCAACGACGUCGGGACGCCGGAUCCUGACGACGAACGGGGCUGCGAACGGAGGAAGAAGAGGAAACGGCGACGAACGAAGGGUAAACAGCAGACGCCGACGCCCCACAUUAUAGUGAAUCUCCCCUCGUCGUCCGACGAGGUCGAACCAGCCGGUGAAUGUUCAAAGAGAGAUAGCUCGAGCAGUCUGGGAGGCACGAAGCACACAUCCUUAAGAGAGUCUCUCCUUACUGUUCUCGGGAAGCUCGCCGUGUGGAGAGGAACGGCCAGGUAUCGCCAAACGCCAACGUCUUCCACGGUGCCUCCGAAUACGCCGCCUGCCACCGAGUGCAUCGGCCGAAGUUCCGCAUUUUUUUCCAGCGAGACGGAGAGGCGAAUUCGCGCGAACAAUCGGGAGUACAACUCACAAUUCCACUACGCGAACAACUACAUUAAGACGUCCAAGUAUUCGGUUCUGACAUUUCUCCCGCUGAAUCUAUUAGAGCAGUUCCAGCGACUAGCUAAUUUUUACUUCCUGUGCUUGCUGGUGCUUCAAGUGAUUCCUGCUAUAUCUUCACUUACCCCUAUCACCACAGCCAUACCAUUGAUUGGAGUGCUUAUGCUCACCGCUGUGAAGGAUGCCUACGAUGACUUUCAACGUCAUACUAGUGAUUCACAAGUCAAUAACAGGCGGUCACAAGCUUUAAGGGACAGAAGCUUACGAGAAGAGAAAUGGGCCCAGGUCCAGGUCGGGGACGUAAUUAGGAUGGAAAACGAUCAAUUUGUUGCUGCAGAUGUCCUACUGCUAUCGACCAGUGAACCAAACGGCCUGUGUUACAUAGAGACUGCAGAAUUAGAUGGAGAAACAAACCUGAAGUGCCGGCAGUGCUUAAUAGAAACUGCUGAAAUGAUGGACAACAACGACUUAAUUGGCCAGUUUGAUGGUGAGAUUGUAUGCGAAACUCCGAACAAUCUGCUGAAUAAGUUCGAGGGCACCCUUCUGUGGAGAGGAAAAAGAUACUCACUGGACAAUGACAAAGUGAUCCUAAGGGGUUGCGUAUUGCGUAACACCCAGUGGUGUUACGGGGUUGUAAUCUUUGCUGGCAAAGAUACAAAACUCAUGCAGAACUCAGGGAAGACCAAGUUCAAGAGAACCUCGAUAGAUAGACUGUUGAAUCUUCUGAUCAUUGGAAUAGUGUUUUUUUUGUUAUCACUGUGUCUGUUUUGUAUGAUUGGUUGUGGAAUAUGGGAAAGCCUAGUUGGACGCCAUUUUCAAGUUUACUUGCCUUGGGAUUCCCUUGUGCCCAGUGAGCCCUUGGGUGGUGCAACAGUAAUAGCGUUGCUGGUCUUCUUCUCAUACGCAAUAGUCUUGAACACAGUGGUACCCAUCAGCUUAUACGUUAGUGUUGAAGUGAUUAGAUUUGUUCAAUCGUUCUUAAUUAAUUGGGAUGAAGAAAUGUACUACGAGCCAACAAAUACGCACGCCAAAGCUAGGACCACAACACUAAAUGAAGAGCUUGGUCAGAUAGAAUAUAUAUUUUCAGACAAAACGGGUACGUUGACGCAAAACAUAAUGACUUUUAACAAGUGUUCAGUGGCCGGCAAGUGCUAUGGGGAUAUUGUGGACGAGACAACCGGAGAAAUUAUCGAGCUGAGUGAAACAGAUAGAGCUGUGCAGACCCCAAGAAUGCAAUGGAACAAUGGACAAGAACUCGUUCGGCCAAUUUAUUCGCCUCUUAAUGGCGUUAACGCACGACUUCUGGAUCAAGCUGACAGAAUAUCAAGCACAACCCCGGAACCCGUUAUCAACGGUCAACCUAGAACUGCACCUUCUACUUCAACUUCACCGCCAUUGGAUUUUUCAUUCAACGAAAACUAUGAGCCUGAAUUCAAGUUUUACGAUGGUACAUUGUUGGAAGCUGUGCGGCGAAAUAAUCAAGAUGUGCAUAGUUUCUUCAGACUCCUUGCACUAUGUCAUACGGUAAUGCCUGAAGAGAAAAGUGGCAAGUUAGAGUAUCAGGCACAAUCGCCUGAUGAAGCUGCGCUCGUUUCCGCAGCAAGAAACUUUGGAUUUGUUUUCAAAGAACGAUCACCUAAUAGUAUUACAAUUGAAGUAAUGGGAAAUCGUGAAGUGUACGAGCUGUUGUGUAUUCUCGACUUCAACAAUGUGAGAAAAAGAAUGUCUGUUAUUUUGAGGAAAGACGGGCAGCUCAGGCUGUAUUGCAAAGGCGCAGACAAUGUGAUUUAUGAAAGAUUAAAAAAAGGUAGCGAAGAUAUCAAGGCCAAGACACAGGAGCAUUUGAACAAGUUUGCUGGCGAAGGAUUGAGAACAUUGUGUUUAUCUGUAAGAGACUUGGAUGAGAGGUUUUUCAAUAACUGGAAGCAACGACAUCAAGAAGCUGCUUUGAGUCUCGAGAACAGGGAUGACAAAUUAGAUGCCAUUUAUGAAGAGAUAGAAAAGGGCAUGACUUUAUUAGGCGUCACCGCAAUCGAGGAUAAGCUACAAGAUGGCGUUCCACAAACUAUUGCAAACUUAGCAUUAGCUGGGAUUAAGAUAUGGGUUUUGACUGGAGACAAACAAGAGACUGCGAUCAACAUUGGUUAUUCUUGUCAGCUGCUAACGGAUGAAUUGACAGACGUAUUCAUAGUAGAUGCGACUACGUUUGAUGGUGUUGAAACUCAGUUAACAAGAUUCCAAGAAGCAAUUAAGACUGCGUCAAACCAGCAAAGCAGACCAGCACUCUCCAUUGUCACAUUCAGGUGGGACAAGGAAAGUAGUGAGACCGAGUACAAUGCCAACAGAGAUGAAGAGCUCGACCAAGCGGAAAAUUCAGGUUUCGCGAUUGUUAUCAAUGGGCAUUCACUGGUGCAUGCUUUACACCCGCAACUGGAGCAACUCUUUUUGGAUGUUUCAAAACACUGUAAGUCUGUUAUAUGUUGCCGAGUAACGCCUCUUCAAAAAGCAAUGGUAGUUGAAUUGAUAAAGAAAAGUAAAAAGGCAGUAACCCUUGCGAUCGGUGAUGGAGCCAAUGAUGUUUCAAUGAUCAAAGCUGCCCACAUCGGAGUUGGGAUCAGCGGGCAAGAAGGAAUGCAGGCUGUUUUGGCCUCAGAUUAUUCUAUCGGACAAUUCCGGUUCCUAGAAAGAUUAUUACUUGUUCAUGGCCGAUGGUCAUAUUACAGAAUGUGCAAAUUCCUUAGGUACUUUUUUUACAAAAAUUUUGCCUUUACUCUCUGCCACAUUUGGUUUGCUUUCUUCUGUGGCUUCAGUGCUCAGACUGUUUUCGACCCGAUGUACAUUUCCGUCUAUAAUUUAUUUUACACAUCAUUGCCCGUCCUGGCAAUCGGCAUAUUCGACCAAGAUGUUAAUGAUAAAAACAGUUUACUCUAUCCAAAACUGUACACACCCGGGCACCAAAAUUUGCUAUUCAACAAAAAAGAAUUCUGUUGGAGUGCGCUACAUGGAUUCUUCGCCAGCUGUGUAUUGUUUCUAGUGCCGUAUGGAACGUACAAGGAUGGAGUAUCACCAAAGGGUUACGUACUCUCUGAUCACAUGCUGCUGGGCAGUGUGGUAGCAACAAUAUUAGUCAUAGUUGUAACAGUGCAGAUAGCGCUCGAUACAUCUUACUGGACAGUGUUUAACCACAUCAUGGUUUGGGGCUCUCUUAUUUGGUAUUUUAUACUCGAUUACUUCUACAACUUCGUUGUCGGCGGCAGUUAUGUGGGUAGUCUUACCAUGGCGAUGUCAGAAGCAACAUUUUGGUUCACAACUGUGAUAACGUGUAUCAUCCUGGUGAUACCAGUGUUAUCGUGGAGGUUUUUCUUCAUCGAUGUGAGGCCAACUCUUUCAGACAAGGUCAGACUGAAACAAAGAUUAGCCCAAUUGCGCUCGCGUCAAAGUCAGGACAUUAUGCGAACACCAUCUACACGACGUACGCGAAGAUCUCUACGAUCCGGAUAUGCGUUUGCACAUCAAGAAGGCUUUGGUCGUCUUAUCACAUCUGGGAAAAUAAUGCGGAAGCUGCCAAAUAGCUCUGAUUUCAGAUUCGCUAUGCCGUUUACGAAUAACGUAUCAAAACAAGUGAAUGUCGCGACCACUUCACCCAAAGAUAAUUCAUCUAGAAAUUCGAAUACCAUAGACACUAUCAAUCUGUGAGUUAAUUUUCUGUUUGUAAUUGUCCAGUACUCUUUUUAGGCAAUAUUCAAGUAUGUCUACACUUAGAAAAGUUUAUUGAGGGGAUUGUCAGAUAAUUUUCAAAUUGGAACUACGUCUGCAUUUGCAUGGAUACACAUAUAGUGCCAAUUAGUGCUUGGAAACUUGACUCUGACAAUUCCAAAUUUAUUCUUGUUUGAAGGUCAUUUUUGAUAAAAUACUGUAUAAACUCAAAAGGAAUCGAAAUAUCAUUAUCGAGUAUUUUUUCAUUUAAUCAAGUGUUCAAACAUAUGGGUAUUUAACAGUAUUUAACAAAAAUUUAUAAAGGAGUUAUUUCCCCCUAGGAUAGGUGGGGGUUGAUGGAGUAAUUACACGAAGUUCAUGACAUUUUUGGUAGAGGAUAAUUUCUUUCAGUGGAAAUAUUAUAUCAAGUAUAAACGUAUCCAUUUUUCGUAACAAACAAUACGUUACGAGAAAACUAGAGAUUUGUUCAUAUUUUUCAAUCAGUGCACUUAAUUUAACAAAACUAAUUAUUUUCGCAUCAUUUUGUACCGAACGGUAUUUCAAUCAUCAGUACAACGAGUAGAAUUUUAUACAGAUUAUUUUCACUAGGUUGAUGUUAGUAAAAUUAGCAUAGCGAAAUAUGGAAAGAGAAAAAGUACUAUUUUGCAACUUCAGAAUUACUUUCAAGAAGGUAAGUUUUCAAAAUAUGAACAUGUUUGCUUUAGUUACGAUUUUCCGACUCACAACCAAUUCUUAAGUUGUAAAAUACCGAUUGUUCCGGAAAAUGUGUCGUUACAUUAACGUUAAAAACUUCAACUUUAUCAAUUAUCACCUGGGAGAUUUACUUCUUACUUUUUUUUUUACCCUGAAAUGAAACUGUCAAUUAGUAGCUGUAGCUUAUUCCUUUGUUUUUUAUUUUUCUUUCUUCUUGCCCUUCCACUGCGACAAAUGAACUAAAACAUGAGGUUGAUUUUGUGCACACAGGAUAUUUGAGGAACCAAUCAAUCGAUAUGUGAGUUAGCAAAUUUACUUCAAAUUUUUCGUGCGUAUCUGAGAUAGUUUCAAACUAAAGAUGCUAUUUCUUGAAACUACAUUGUUUUUCUCUCAUGACAGAAAUCGUUGACUAUGAUUUCCAUAAGUUAGAAGGAAGUCUAUACUAAAACAUCUAAAAAGUUGUGUGCUACAUUGGUAAUCAUUUUAAAGAAUUUUCAAAAGUGGGAGAUAAUUUUUCUUCCUUUCUUUCAACGGAUUUCAAGUAAUUCAACUUAUUGAAAGUCAUAUUGAUGGGUGGCACAAUUUUUAUAACGCACACGAAUUGUUAGCGAAUAGUUAUCGUUUUUUUUUUUUUUUUUUUUUUGUUUUUGUUUGAAGCAUUACUUUUAAAGAGAUUGUACAUUCUUCCUUUUUGGAUUGAUUCUUUUCGAAAUAACUAUUACAGAAGGUGCAACCGCACUGGAAUACAGUGGAAAAUUGUUUUAAAAAAGUAUUCUGAAAAAAUUUUUUGCACUGAAAUCUCAUGCACAACAAACAUUUCAAAUGUAAUCUUUGCAUGAAGUUUUCAAAAUAUUUCUUUCUAUGAAUUUUCCGACAGAAAACUUUUUCUUUAAAAUUUAGAACACCCGGUGUCAUAGCCUACAAGUUGUAGGAAGGGAUUUGUGAUUUGUCAAUUUUCAAUAAUAAAGUCGAUUUCUGGUCAUUCACAACCUAACUUCAGUGAAGUUUCUUACAAUCAAUUUACAGAGUGAAUUGUUAACGACUGAAUCGUCCAUCAUUUGUUACAAUUUAGUGUGCAUGCGUUACAAUCCAAGAGCAGUUGCAUGCCAGGACGACCAACGACAUGCGCAUUAAAUGUUAGCAGACAAUGGACCAUUCAGUCGUUACAAAUUUUUUACAUACAUUUAAAAAUUUCGAGAUAGGGGUAUUUAUAAGCCUAAAAAAAAUUGAAAACGAAUAACAGUUGCAAUCUGGAGAAGGUUUGAAAAUUUCAAUAAAAAUAUAAUAAUAACGAUGUAAAAUAUAACGAUUCUUCAACUCAUAAAUCUGAUAAGCCGGCCCAAACUGAAGGAAUUUGUGUUACUCAUUGGUUUUCUGGUGCUGAAUGAUAUUAAAUGUAUCAACUUAGGGAAAUAUUGUAACUUUUAUAAUAACUGGUACCGAUGCUUUAUAUGAUCUUAUAAGAUGCAAAGAGCAUGUUAUUCAAUGGGUAUUAAAUAUCACAAACUUUAAGAAUUGCCUGCACCCACUGCAAUUACAUGAGAUCGGAUUAUAAACCUCUUUCCAAUAUUAAUUCUAUUAUUAUCUAAUAGACAAGGUCUGAAAAUUCGUAAAAUUUCACGAAAUUUCUACAAAAUCCACACAACGUUUAUCUAUAAUGUUUGAAAUUAGUUCUACACAAAUCAUCAAACAAUUUCAUGAAGCGAUUUCAAAGAUAUUAAAUUGUUGACAUUUCUUGUGAAGCUGGUUUUAUUGUGGUUCUUGCAUUAUAGUUUCUAUUUCAUUCAUCUACACUUUGUUACUAUACUGCUUGUUUGCUACUAAAAUGUAGUAAAAAAAAAUAAUUACUUUCAUGUGAUAAUAUUGAUUUAACAAUUAUAUUAACAAUAUUAAUUUUAAUUGAAAUAAAUCCAUACUUGGCUUUCGAACGAUUGAUGAUUUUGAUUACGUAUACUGAGCCACGCUAUUUACAGUGUAGUAUAAUCACUAGGGUAGUCCUUAUUUAGGGUGUUGACAAAUUUUUUCCUGGCUACUCGCCAAAUCAACCCUGAAUAAUUCAAAAACAAUUGCCUCAUUUUCUCAGGUUUUCAUUUCAACUCUAACCCCUUCCGCCAACAGGUUGGGUACCUCCAUUUAAAAUACACAUGUUUCGAACACAUUGUCAAUAUAUAUUUUAUUGUAAAAGUAAUAGUGUUCCAAAAAAUCUGUAACUACGAGGUUUUAGUGGGCAUUAGUGCUAAUAUCUGAAAAACAAUACACCUCAUCCUAUCAGGCAAUCUAGACGUAUUGCAUUUCCUUUAAAUAACAAUAAAAAAACGUCAGAUCUGAAGUAAUUAUCUGAAAAAAUUAGGCAACUGUUUUUGAAUUAUUUCAAGUAGAUUUGGGGGGUGGCGUGAAAAAAUUUUGUCAGAACCCUAAACAAGGACCACCAUAAUAGUCACGUAUACUAUGUAUGCUUACACGGAGUACUUGUAUCAAGAUUGUUCUGCUAGUUGCUUGAAAAAAAAGUAAAGUACAUUUGAAUAUUGAUUAUGAAUUUUGCUGCACAUAACUGUAACAUGUGUCUGGCUGAAAUUUGGCGGGAACUGUCAUCUCUGUAAAGUUUAUUACAGCCAUUUUCUUCACACUCUUAAUAUAAUUACAUCGAACAUCGUGAAACUGAUAGUUUUUAUGACAGAGGCUAUUAGUGUUGACUAAUCAGAGAAUCGCUCAUUCACACAAACAAAACUACAAUUUUUCCUUUGUUGCCAAAACUUCUCUUACCUGAGUUCCACAAUUUCGUCUGUAUCUUGUUUGAAUAUUUGUGUUAGUAUCAUUACGCAACAAGCCCGCUUCAGCAUAUGCAUCAUCAAGUACCAAUUUAAUUACAUUUACUCAACGUUAUGCUAAGCAAAUUUGCGCACAGUUCGUACGACCAAUCUAUUCUGUUGAAAGUUGAAGGUAACAUUAUCAAUUACUUGGUCUCACUGCAUACACGUGUUUCUUUGUAAUAUUACAUCAUAUUAAGUGACUAGGAUGGUGUAUAAAUAUCCACAUUAUACCUCUGAUUGUUGACUUCAAUAAUAGAAUCCCAUCCUGUGCUAUCUACCUAAUACUUAACUGCUGUCGAAAGUUAUACUAUGUUUAUAUUUUGCUUAUCUUUUGUACUUUAUUUUUCCGUUCACACUAUUUCAUUUAAUGUUUUUGCUAUACCCUUGAUGUUUGCGUUCUAUUUAUGUUUACCUUGCUUGAGUGUCUUUUUCACAUUACUCUAUUAUGUCUACCUAGAUCUUAUACCAAUCAAAUAAUAUGCAUGCAACAUAAAUUACAAAUCUGUAAUACGUGGCUCAGUACUUUGUAUUAUUAUUUUUGACAGCAUAUGAAUAGCUUCUGUUAUUUCAUACGUUCCUUUUCUCAAUUUGUGAUAUUGAAUAUCUUUAUGAAAGUUAGAUGAAGUUAUUAGAAAAUUCCAAAAAACUGUCUAUCUACUGUAACGACCAUAUAAAUUUGUUUUGUCAAUGAGGACUGGACUUAUUAGUAUAAAACAAUAAAUGAUAUUUCAUUACAUCAGAGUGAAAUAUUCCACAAAUUUUAUUUAGACUUUUAUCGAAAGCUAUCGAGCAUAGAUAAUGUACACCAUGGUUGAAACUGCACUAAAAAGAGUUCUGGAUAAGCAAUUUACAAAAGCAACGUAGAGCACGGUCAGUGAUGUGAAUUAUUCUCAGUAAUUGCUGUGAGAAAUAAGUAUUUUCUUUAUUAUACUUUUUUUAGUUUCGUUAAUGUAGUGUUUCUAUUUUCUGAGUUAUUGAGAAAGGUCUGUAAAAUAUAGAACUAUCAAGUUCUCACGAUAAUGUCGUAGGUUAAUACAGUCAAUUCUUACAACCAAUGGCCAUGUAACACUGUAAUUUAUAUAAAUAAAUUUUUUUUGUCACAUUUACUAUAUAUUACACUGGGAACAAAUGUCAAGACAUUGCUUACUAUAUACACACGCGAAUGUUGAGAAAGUUGAAUUGGGAAACUGGGUAAUAAUGCAUUUUUAGAAUUUUCAUUGAUCACAUUCGAAUAGUCGAUACUGAGUAAUUUCAGUUCCUAGUGUAGAACAUGGUGUUACAUUUUCAUUUCUGAACAAUCUGUGUUAACCUGUGGUAAUAUCCCAAUAUGUAUUAUAUAUUUAUACAUCGUGGAAAUGAAUACUGUAAAGAAUUAUUGCGUGAAAUAUUAUUAUUAUUAUUAUUAUUAUUAUUAUUAUUAUUAUUAUUAUUAUUAUUAUAUACGAUUAAUGGUAACUAGUUAUAUUGAUAAUUGCCUUUACAAAAAAAAAAUUAAUACAAAAAACAACUAAUGAUACCUGUACCAUAGUAUUGAUUGUAAAUAUUUUAAAGAGAUGUAUUAUAUUAUAUUAUAUUAAAUGUUAAGUAUACAUUUUUUAAAAGAAAGUAAUAUAUAGGUAGAUGAAAUUCUACGAUACGAAAAGUAGCUAUAUUAUAAUUGCGGAUAAUGUUUGCCUUGGACUGACUACCGGAUAUAAUAUAAUAACGUAAAUGUAGUAACAAUAAAACGUAUAUGUAUUUCUACUUUUAAUAAUACAAAAAAAAAAAAAAAAGGAAAAUGCUUAGGGAGAGAUAGUCUGCAUCAGGAAAGCGUAUUCGCAUUUCAUACAAUCAAAUUAUCAUUUAACAAUCCAUAGCCAAUCAUUAUUUCACUCAUUGUGCCUGAUUAUGUAGUGACAUAUUAUAAGUGAGGAGUUCUUGACAGUGGUUAUAGGAAGGUGGUUUUUCUCUAAUGUAGCGGUCAAUUAUUUAUCAAAUUUUAUUACGUUUCUACCGAAAAAACGGGCGGUAAUUUUUGGAUCUAUAAAAUUUUUAAUUGUGUAGUAAUCAGGGUAUUUGUGUACACAAAAGUUUAUUUUGUAUGCUCUGUCUUUACGCAUGAAUAAAUAUUAACCUUGUUCUAUCCUAAUCGUGAAUUUAUACACUGCGUUUUUAUGCUAUAUUAUUAACUAAUUCAUGAAAAUAUAGUUGGUGAUUUUUAAAUCAGUACGUUAUUCUGACUCGUCCUCCUUAAUUAGCCUUAUUUCAUCUUCGUGCUUGCCAAAUGAUAUAAUAUAUAACUAUAUUUUUACGAACUAAUUAAUAACAUAGUGCAUAAAAACGCAGUGCAUAAAUUCACGAUUGAAAUAACAUGAAUAAAAAUAUAAUACACCGAUAAUUAUAUUUAUAUUCAAGAUAGAGCAAACGAAGCAAAACUUCGUAUACACGAAUAGCCUGAUUGAUAGAUAAGUAACUUAAAUUCUUGUAUAUCUGAAUAUGACCGACCAUCGCUGUAGUCGGAGCGUAAUUAAAUUUAUUAAAUUAUCGACCACUUCAUUAGAAAACAAUAAUUAUAGUUAUAGAUUGGUGACUGAUAUGGAAUUUGAUCAUAUUUCAAUUACUAAUGCUAUAUAUUACGCUUAGCGAUCGUUUUCUACUUAAAAUUUUUCUUAAACUUGAUCCUUGAAAUCUUCAUAAAGGAUUCAAUUUUAACAAUUGAGUUGGAUAUCAAUUUGUAUUCAGAUUUAAAGCUUUUUUGCUCAUAUUUCGCCUCACCCACACCAAGGAUAUACUACAUUUAUAGUAAAUAUAUUUAAAUUGAUAAACUUUGAAGUAACAUUCAGAAUGAUCGGAAAUCUAUUAAAAUUUAUUGCAUUUCUAUUCAGUGGUUCGUCAAUAACUAGAAAUUGUGUUUUUUCUGCCAAACAUUAACGAUCAUCACAUUGUAUUCAAUAAAGGUUGUCACUGAUUCAUUCAACACGCACACACGAAAUAUAAUUCUAAAAGCCUCAGCAGGCUCAUGACAGCUGCAGAGUCAAUGUAAUUAUACGUGUCCGAAAUUCGUUUGAUCGUUCAUUCUAAAAAAGAAUAAAUUUAACUCAUUAUCAACUUAGCAAAAGUGGAGGUUUAUGCCAUUUUUCUGGUAUCUGUAGACUGAAGAAUUGUCUAUAUUUUCUGGUUCAAUACAGUUACCUAGCCAGAAUUUAUUAAAAUAAAGCUCUUUACGUCCGAUGUUGCAAUACUAUCUUUGUAUGUAUGUGUUGGAACACUCCUACAGAAAUACAAAAAAGUUUGUUUGGUAUUCUUCAUCUUCACUUUGUAAAUUUUCACAUCGGUAUCGAAGAUCGUAAUGAAAAGUUAUAGAUUAUACGAUGUGUCAGUCUGGAAGUUCUACCCUUCAUAUGCUAUAAAUUUUAGUCACAAUGGGUAUAAUAUAUAUAUAUAUAUGACUCUGAUACCAACCAUUUACCCUGUGUAAAUAACUAUUUGGCAGCUGGUGAAAAAACAAAAUUGUAAAAUCUCACUAAAAGGUGCUCCACCGGACUGAAAUUUAUACAGUUCAUGUAGUUUUUUUUAUUUACUUCAUCUUGAUACCAAUGAAAAUCGACAGGGUGAUCAUUGAAAUGGAAAUUCUGAAAAAUCUGGGAAUUUCUAAGAAUUUUCAAAGCCCAAAGUUCGGAAAGUGGCGAAGAAUUUUAGUUUUGGUCGUGGAAAAAUUGUAAAAAAAAAAAAAAACAUUAACAAAAUAAAAAAUAACACGUAGCAAUGGUGGUAAUGGCUUAACCGUGUGUGAAUUAAUGUUUUGGAGAAGCUGAAUGUGCUUACUUUUAGUUCUUAAAAAUCGUGGAAGACAAAAAUAAAUGGUAAAAUGUUAAAACCUUUGGAAACCUGAAAUAUCGGAUAUUUUCAGCAUAUUCCAUGAUUACACAAAAUUAUAUCACAAACUACUAAAUAUCUAUCAAAAUGCCAAUGUUUCAGGAAAAAUUGGAGUUUGUUUUUAAGUCAAUAUGACAGAUGUAUAAUUUAUACAUAUAAUGGUAUCGUUUUUUUUUGUAUGAGAAGUCGGCUCAUCAAAACGUGGAAAACUGCACAGCCUAUAUUUUUAUUCUAAUAUGACUUGUAUACAUUUAUUUUUUAAUAUAACUUGCUAUAACAAAUAGUAUUUGAACAUGUGAUCUAAUUAGUUGUAUCACCAAUACUGUAUAAUUUGUUUUUUCGAAGAUGCUGGGCUGCUGCAAGGGACCAUAUUAUGUAUAGUUUGUUACGGUUUUGUUUUCAGUCACAAUUAAUAGAAAUCAUUUAAAUAUUGCUAAAAUAGAUAAAUCUCACACUGUGGAAGGCUGUUUUUGAUCAAGUACAUGUUUUAUGAAUUCCUGAAAGAUUUGUUACCCAUGAUUUUUCGUUAUCAACUCAAAGACUUUGUGUUACAGUGUGCGUGAAUGAAACAACCUUAUAAAUCUAUCCAGCAAAAUUGUAUGGCUUGCAGCGGCUGAUUUUGUAUGUAUAAAAUACGGAAACGAGAUAAAUAAUGUUAAAGAUAACCGUUAUUACUCGCAUUUGUGUGUAAUCACCAACGAGAUGAUAGUAUUGAACUAUUAGCUACAUAUGUUACUUUAAUAAUGAAAUUAAAUCUCCGUCUACGAAAAGGAGAGAAAGCAAAACCGUUUCACUGCAUACGUAUACGGUAAGCAGCUAUGUUAUUGCCAUUGUUUUGAAAUAUUUGGUUUAAUAAUCGCAGUAUCGCUUCCGAGCCAGAAAUGGCAUAUUAUAAUCAAAAAUUGUAGCAAUGGACAAUAUUCAGAUUUUAAAACUUGUUCGUAAUUGAUUUUUGCACAAAAGUUGUUUCUAAUCAUAAUUGAGACAAAGACUCAGAUCUGAAUAACUGAUUAUUUCAAUUAUAUCAAAGUUUUUGAUGUUACAAUGUUAUCUGAUACCUGCAAACAUUAUUUGCGUUUAAUUCAUAUACUAAUGUCACUACUUUUUAGAUUUUACAGAUGAUUGAUCGAUUUAUUUAAAUUUUUCUUUCUUUUUAGGUUUUCACAUUCCAUUUAUACAUUUCAUCUAUCAUUGGGGUGAAUAUACUUUGUGAAAAACUAUUUUUAUUUUUUAAUUCUUAUAUUUGAUUAUUUUACCAGUAUUCUCAGAUUAUGAAUAUUUAUGUACCAUGCUUUAAAUAUAUCAAAUAUUUUUCACAGUGGAGCAGUGCAGUGGGAGUGUGCAAAGCAAAAAUUAAUAUUGUCGAAAUAAAUAAAUGUUCCUUAUUCGCACGAGUAUAUAAGAAAUAAUAAUAAAAAUGAAAAAAUUAAUACAAA